CGGAUUCGUCGUCCUUUCGUUGCUCAUCGCUCCCGACGACGACAACACUCCCUUCAAGACUAAAACAUGGGUUUCGGGAAAAACAACGUUCUCCACGACAACCAUUUCCGCAAGGACUGGCAGCGCCGAGUCAAGACCUGGUUCGACCAGCCCGGCCGCAAGCUUCGCCGUCGUCAGGCCCGUAAGGCCAAGGCCGCUGCUCUCGGUGUCCGCCCCAUCGCCUCCCUCCGCCCCGCCGUCCGUGGACAGACUGUCCGCUACAACAUCAAGAUCCGUGAGGGUCGUGGAUUCACCCUUGCUGAGCUCAAGGAGGCCGGUAUUGGCAGGAAGGCUGCGCGUGGUGUUGGUAUCGUGGUUGACCACAGGCGCAGGAACUUGAGCGUGGAGGGAAAGCAGUUGAACGUUGAGAGGCUGAAGGCGUACAAGGAGAGGUUGGUCGUCUUCCCCCGGAAAGCCGGCAAGCCCAAGAAGGGCGACUCAUCGGCUGAGGAACUCACCGCCGAGACCACUCGUGCCGCCGUUGCUCUCCCCGACCCCUACGUUGCCGAAGCACCCCGCAAAAUCACCGACGAGGAGCGGGAAUUCUCUGCGUACAAGACACUCCGCAACGCUCGCGCAGAGUCGAGGUACGAGGGUGCCCGCAAGGCCCGCGCUGCCAAGAAGGAGGAGGAGGAGGCUGCCAAGAAGAAGUAAACUACCCGCUGUACUACUUCUGCUGCCCGUCCCCACUACUUUGUCGCGUCGUCUCCUUCAUUAUCACAUGCUCUUCGCUCUCCUUCCCACCACAUGUACACUCAAAAGCUGGGUCCGACCAUUAUGCACCUAGGGUCUCUUGCAAUACAUGCGAUUGUAUGCACUUGAGCGAGCAGCUUGGAGGCAACC